AUGGGAGAAGAAACAGAGAAGUCAAAGACUCGGGUUGACUUAGAAGAAGCUGCUACAAGUCCAGCCAAGCCAUCCUCUUCGAGACGCUCCAAAAGACAGAAACAAUACGAUGUGGUUGACUUGGAAGAAGAAGAGAACGAUGCAGCUGCAACAAAACCUUGCAAGAAAAUAAAGAAACGCAGAGGUAACGCUGCAGAGAAAGAAGAAGAUGCUCCCAUUCCUCAUGUCUAUGUUUCUCCUAUGAACGGAGUCCUAGUGGUCUCCCACUCCCCUGUGGAGAUUAACCCUGAGGAGUUUGACAGUCAUCUGAACACUCUGGAAAAUCUUCUUCAGCAGCAGCCUUCAGAAGCAGGACAGGAGUCUUCUUCUUCUCUUCCUGUCAGUGCAAGCUCUCCAAUGAAAAAAUAUGAAUGGGCGGAAGCUCGGAUGAAGCUUUCUUCGCUUCUCGACAAAGACUUCUCUUCCUUGGUCAUGUCUAAUGAAGCUGCGGAGCUAGCAAGCUUGGCAACACAACUGAAGAAAGAUCCAAGCCUCUUAGCUGAAGAGAUAGUGAGGUUGAAGCUUCUCGAAGGGAUCCCAACUUUCAGCGAAGAGUUUCAGGUGAACAAGAACGUGAUAGUGGACGCUGACAGGUUCUUCUCUUCUCUUGAGCUUAACAAAGCCAAAGUCGCUUCUCUCAAAUACAAGUACAGUUAUUUAAAAGACAAACUAGGCAAUAUUCAGACAGAAGUGGAUACAAACUCUGAAACAAUCCGUCAAAUUGAUGAGGAAAUCGCCCAGCUUCAAGCUAGAUGCACUGAGCUGACGCGUUGCAUCAGUAAAAAGGAGAAAGAGAAGGUUGAUCUGAGCUAUGGCCAUAAGAUGGUAGCGAACUCGAUUCCUAAAGUGGUGCAAGAAGUUCAAGCAGCUAACUCGAAGAAACCCGAAUGGGAGAUGAAGAAAGAAAAUGCUAUUAAAUGCGAUGAAGAGAUCCUCAAUAAGUUCGCCUCUCUCAAAGGGUUCUAUUUCUAA